GUCGUCUUCUGCGCUUCGUUCGGUGUACACACGCAUCAGAGUAACGAGAACCACCCUCUCCUCCGCAAUUUGGGGAAGAAAAAAGGAAAAGAACGGAGAUCCAGCCGUGAACAAUCCCGAAAAAGGAAUCACGAGCAUAUUCGCCGCGCACCGGUGGUUAAAACGUAGAAAAUCGCAACCGUGGUCCAGAAUCGGUGGAUUUUUUCGUGAAAUUUUCAACCUCUUCAUUGCCUGCUUUCGCGAGUGAAUCUCCCGUGAAUCGCUCGAUCAAUUUCGGAUAGUCGCGCCGAUAGUCUGUGUUUGGUAACCAACGAGUCUAAAACGAGUGAAUGAAUCACGACUACGGCGGCGGCUGUGACAACGACGGAAAAAAAGAGUAGCCGACAUUUUUUCAAGUUCAAAUUUUCACUUGCGAAUGCCUGACCAUCCGUCUAUUAUAACACCAUCAGUUGGGGCUAGUACAGAUUCGACCGCAUUAGCAGCGUAGUACACGUACGGUCGAAAGUGAGUGAGAGUGAGUGUGAUUUUGUGCGAAUUCUUCGUUUUUUUAUAUAGAUAUUGCUACCGUGCUCUGUACGGCACGAUUCAAGUGAAAAGAAAGGUAGGAGUCGAAGAGCUUUAGUGCGUGACUAAAGCAGCUGCUGGCUGGUGGUGGGAGCGCCAGCGAGACUCACAGCAGGCCGUGUAUUUGUGUGCUGCGCCCCGAUCAUCCGUCCAAGGCCUCCUUAGAGCUGUCUUGGAACGAACGGCAAUAGCGCCACAGCAGUUCACAGGAUCUUCCAACGCCUACUCCAUCCAUCCAUCGCGGCGACGGCAACGACGACGACGACGUAGUCUACUAUGUUCGUUCUAAAUUCGGACAGAUUGUUCAACCGUGUGGGAAUAGAAGAAGCUUAAUAUGCCUGUGAUAUCAGCAUAUUCGACCAGUGGAAGUAGUUACAUCUCUCCGUCUUAUCGCUACAAGUCUAGCCUAACAGACCGGAAGAGCUAUACCACUAGUAGCAGCCUCAGCAGCAGCCUCUACCGGAGAAGUUCGUAUCGCUAUGAUCUACCGAGCUCCUCGUCAAUCUACUCAUCGUCCUACCGUACGACAAGCUCAGCAGCCGAUCGCACAGCGGACGCAGACCUAUCCUCGACACUAGCUUCCGUCAACGUAUCGUCCAACGGAGACAGUGGAGUGAGCAUUACAGUUAACGGCAAAGACAACAUCAGCACUAGUAGACCUAGUCGGUACUCGACAGCCUAUAGUUAUAGUUCAUCGUUAAGUUCAGCACCUCUACGAGACUACAGUUCACGACUCAGCUCGCGGUCGUCCGAUACCCGGUUCAAGGAUCGGGACAACAACUGUCCUUGUGUAGGCGGAACCAGUUCCUCUAGCUACGUUUCAAAUUUACGCAACACUGCGCUAAGCGGUGCUGAACUCUACCAAAAGUAUAGCGUUUCAACCUACAAACCCAACAGCUUCGAGCGGAUAAUACCAUCCAGGUCACCGUCGGAAACUCCCAAGCCCAGUAGUAUCCUUAAGAGCACUUCGCCAACGUCAGUGGACAUCAGCAAGGUAAACAACAUUCCAGCUAAAGAUAGAAACAGUAAUUUUGACGCCGCCAACAAUAACAAUUGCCCUACUACUAACACUAACCAUGGCACCACAAGUGUUGCUAAUAAUCCACUACUAGAAACUAACAGCAAGUUCACGGCGGCUAAUAACACCAGCGUCAAACCGGCUAGUGCAGCAUGCUUUCUCAGCGCCCGUUCCGACAGCUCCACUAGUUGCAAUACCACAAUUACAACCUCCACAACCACCACCACCACUACAAUUACUACCACUACCUCUUCUACUACAUCCGCGUUACUGUCAUCAUCGUCAUCAUCUUCGGUGCUGUACAAUACGACACCUGCCAGCAGCAAUCCGGUGACACAAGCACGACUGCGCAAAGCCGUUCCAGGCCCAACGGCUCCAAUUAGGUCUACGCUGAGCAAACUACGACCCCAAAGACCUCCUCUACCGAAAAGUGCACUCAACGGAAGUUCAGGUGAUAUCACGCCAUGUACCGGUAGUCGCAAGGAACUACUCGGUCUCUCCAGUUACCGUAACCAUAACUUCCUGAAGCACGAGUGUGAACUGGUCAAGCGUGAGCUCAGCAAAAGUGCCACAGAAAUAGCCUUCAAGAAGGGUUCGCCAUCUACCGGGAAACCUAUUGGACACGGUUCCUCGGGAAACCUAUUGCUGGAAGCACCUGCAAAGCUGGAUGUAACAAAGGUGAAGCAGUUCUUACCACCCGUAUCGAAGGCAACAACAAGCUCUGAAACAACGAAACACGGCCACCAGCCCAAAGAUCAUGAGGAUGAUGACAAAAACCAUCACCAUAAUCACAUCCAACAACAUAAGCCACACGAAAAUAGCAACAACAACAACCAAUCAACUGGCAUCUCACCAUCAUCACCUAGCGCAGCGCAGUCUGGUGUCGAACUACUAAAACCAAUAGAUAGGCCAACCACGGCAACAACCAUUCUCGAUUGUACUCAAAAAAAUGAUACUUCUCUUUUCAAACCAUCUUCAUCAUCGACCACGUGCACGACUUCAACAACUACAACACCGUCAACAACAACAACUACAGAGUCGCUAACAACUGCUUCCUCUCGUUCAUCAUCAACCUGUACCGUAAACCGUACUUAUACCAAUACCAAUUCUCGUUCCGGCGACACGAUGAAAUCGCUGCACAUCACGUCGGAAAUCGAUGAACCCAUCACGCAUGCGACGAUCAAGCUGCGGCCGGCGUUGAACGGAACGUCGAACGGCGGCAGCAGGAUUCUCGCCACCGCUUCGGCCACUACGGACGAUCUCCACGAUGGAGACUACCACGUGACGGCCACCAUACGAAUCAAACCAAAGUCUAGCAUAAGUCACAGCACAAGUAGCAGUAGCAGUAGCAGCACCAACGGCAGCACCACCAGUAUCAACAACAACAACAACAACAAUGCAAACGAUGGCAACAGCAGCGGCGACGAUCACGAGAUCGUCAACGGCAGCAGCAGCAGAUACGGCAGCAAGAGCAAUCUCAGCAGCAAUGCCAACAACAACAAUGGAAACGCACUGAACGACAGCAGCGAACGGAGGGAGGAGCAUCAGGACAGACGAGUGAAUGGUUUCGCCGAUGUUGACAGCGAGCAAUCGCCAGCCAUCGCUAGCGCCAAUUCGGUAGACAAAGAACCGAAAGUCAAUGACGAUGAUAAAGUCUCUUAUCUCCGCGCGGGAACCGCCUCCAAGAGCAUCCACUCGACGAGUCCGGUGGGAUACCGAAGCCGAGACUACGACUCGGGCAUCAGCAGCUACCGGUCCGGACUUGGCAGUUCGUCGCUUUCUUCCUCCUCGGCGCUCAAGUCCAUCUAUGAUCGCACGAAUGACGACUCUCAUGAAACGACGCGCACCGGCAGCAGUCGGAAAGAAGGACUGUGUGGUCUGUGGAAUAUUGGCAACACAUGCUUCAUGAACUCAAUUAUACAGUGCCUCAGCCAUACUCGGGAAUUGACCAACUUCCUACGCCAGCAAUCGACAACGGAACGGGGAACAAGCAAAGAUCACAAGAUCCUAGCCGAGUACACCAAACUGAUCAAAGACAUGUGGAGCGGCACCACCCGUAGCGUCAAUCCAUCCGAACUGAAGUAUGCCUUCUCCAGCAAGCACCGGAUGUACUCUGGGUCGGCCCAGCAGGACGCGCAGGAGUUCCUACGGUUCUUCAUCGACUCGCUGCACUGUGCGUUGAACGAAUCGGUCAAGCGCGAACCCAUCAACCGGGCCAUCGAGGAUGACGAUAUGGACAACCGUGUCAAAGCGACCAUGAUGUGGGACUGGUACUCGCGAGUGGAGAACUCCAUGAUCAAGAACCUGUUCGUCGGACUGCUGCGGAGCACGCUCAAGUGCACGUACUGCAAUGGUGCCAGCGUGACUUUCGAUCCCUUUUGGGAUCUCAGUUUACCCCUUCCGUCCACCAACUCGCGCUGCAAGCUGGAAAACUGCAUGGACAUGUUCGUCAAGGAGGAAGUCAUGGACGGCAUCGAUCAGCCGACGUGCUCCCGGUGCAAAGCCCGACGGAAGUGCACCAAGAGCCUCACGAUCGAGCGGUUCCCCAAAUAUCUGGUGAUACAUCUUAAGCGGUUCUCCGAGACCCGGUGGAGCAACAAGCUGACCAACGUGGUCGAGUUUCCAACGGGCGAGCGCGAACUCAACCUACAGCCAUACGCUUCCGAGGACCACAGCGGACCGGUUAACUACUCGUUGUACGGGAUUUCAAACCAUAUGGGAUCCACCGCUGGCGGUCAUUAUGUUGCCGUGUGCAAACAUCCGGUCACCAAAGAGUGGAACGAGUUCAACGAUAAUUUUGUGAGCGAAACGUCCGAGAGAAGUUUGGUUACAUCCAGUGCCUACGUGUUGUUCUACGAGCGAGCGUGAGAAAAAUUUCCUAAAGUGCAGCCUCAGUAGAAAGUCAACAAUUGAAAUUAUGAAAUGGUUAUUUUAUUUAAAAAAGAGAGACACUUGCAAGAACAAAACAAUUACCUAAAACCAAAAAAAAAAACAAAACGAAGAACGAAGAACAAUAUUAACAAUUGAAACAACAAGAUAGAUCUAUGUAAGGUAGGAAUCGGAAGUGGAAUUUCGCCGCACCGAAACGACAUACAUUUAACGUAAGCUAAACCAAACCAGUGAGGAAGAGCUGCAAAGCAGAACUACUAUAAGCACGAGAGAAGGCAGAACUAGAUUUGUAAUAUUUAUUUUUCUAUUUAUUGACAAAAGCAUAAGAAUACUAGAAACCAAGCAGAUAAUAACAAAAAUAACGUUAGUACGAAACGUAGUCAUCCCCUGAAAUUCUAAGUCCCAUUAUUGUUGAAAAUGUUUUCUUUAACUUGUUAUUAUUUAUUUACACAUCACUUAGCGUCCAGAGAAUUAUAUUAUUUAAAAAGAAAAUGUUAGUCAUUUUCUAAUUUUACCCCUAAUUUAUUGUGGUUAAUUUUAACUUCUCUAAAACUCUAAAGCAACCAGUCCCAAGGUAAUCUCUGAAAAGUGAAACCGAGAAAUUAUAAUGAAUGAGUAACGUAAGAGACAAAACAAACUUAGAUCAUUUAGAGACAAGUUGUUAUAAAAUACUAGAGUAAAUGCAAAAGAAAUGAAGAUCCAACUAGUUCCAAGCACUUCUCGAGAAAGAGAAAAAAAAGCAUGCUAAAUGGCUCGAAGAAAGUAAGAGGUGCAAAACUAAGAGGAAAAGUCAAUGGAACUAUCCUUCGUCAGGUGUCUCUGAUGUCCCAAAAUUAACCAUUGUUGCGUUGUGUUGAAAAUUAAUAAAAACGAAAAAGUCAAUUCA